UGAACCUAAUAGCAUUGAUAAGGAAAUAAACCGACACUCUCAAGGUGUAACAUGGCGGUCUCAUGUCGUGUUGUAGAGUUGGUUUUCAUACCCUUGAUUGUAUUAAUAAUCUCAUCAAAUGCCGAGGAAAAUGGCCAGCAUGACGAUAUCCAGGACACGGCGCUUCUAAGAGAUAUCGUAUAUGAAUUGCGCAAUACUUUGAAAGUUCAAACCUCUCGCUUUGGACUUUUGAAGAAGAGGUUAUUAGCUUCAGAAAGGAAAAUCAAUCUGCUACUCAGUGACAAAACGCGCAAUGAAAACGUUAUCAAUGAACUGACAAAGCGACUAACCAAGAUCGAGUCGCACGACUUCCCACCUCAGCAAAGUUCAGAGUUCAAAUAUCUGAGUAACUCCAGCGCCGAGAUCCAUGACGAGUUGAAAAAAGUGGAAGAUGAAAAGACACGCAGUGUUCGGCUUUUGGUACCUCCUACAUCAACCUCUGCGGCGUCUCCUAUUGCUUUCUAUGCUUACAUGUCAAACAACCUACUGAGUCCAGGCGGCAAUCAAAUAUUGAAAUUCGAUUCCGUCAAAACCAAUGUUGGAAAUGGAUACCAUCACAAUACAGGGGUAUUCAUAGCUCCAGCUUCAGGAUACUAUGUCUUUACGUGGAACGUUAGAUUUAUGCAUAGCAUACACUCUGCAGAGCUUGUAGUUAACAACGAAGUUUAUGGGGCGUUAUAUAUGGAUUAUUCUCCAUCAGUUGAUGGCCAUGGAACCGGGGUAGCUGUAGCUCACGUUAAUACUGGCGAUGAUAUCUAUGUCCGGAUAAGAAUUCAAAACUGCAUAAAUCAAGGUGCAAUUUGGAGUGAUCCUUGUGGACGUUCUUCAUUUGCGGGAUGGAAAAUCUAACUCGUUUUCAUUUCUGUUUUUAUGAAUCAGGGGACAAUAAAGGAUAAAUUCU